GUGGGGAGGGCUUUUGCCCCGUCUUCCCCCUCCCUGGACUCCUGCCGAGCCUCCUUUCCUUCCAGGCUGCUUGGUGCGUCCUGCCGUCACGGGUCCUGCUGGUGCUGACCUCUCAGAAAGGGAUCCAGAUGUAUGAGUCCGAUGGCUCCAUCAUGGUUUAUUGGCAUGCGCUGGACGUCACGGAGCAUCCUCCAGCGCAAGCAGUGUUUGCUCGAGGGAUCGCUGCAGCUGGCGGACGCUUCAUCUGCGUGGGGACAUCCUCUGGGCAGGUGCUGGUGUUUGACAUCCCACCCAAAGGGACGAACGUCACCGUGAGCGAGGUCCUGGAGCAGCACCGCGACGCCAUCACCGACAUCGCGGCGGAGCUGGGCCAGGCUCCGGACGGGGCUGGUGACCUAGUGACUGCGGAUGACGCUGGGACCCUCUGCGUCUGGAGCACAGGGGAGGAGUUCACCCUGCUCAGCAAAAUCCCGGCCUUCGGCUGCACCUGCUCCUCUGUGAAGCUGUGGAACGGGGUCGUGGCUGCUGGCUACGGAAAUGGGCAGAUUCGGCUGUACGAGGCAACGACCGGCCUCCUGCGCGCCGAGGUCAAUGCUCAUGCUCGAUGGAUCUAUGCCCUGGACCUGGCGCCACAGACGGGAAAGGUACGGCUGGCUGCACUGGUGCACCUCGGCCCGUGUGUGGCAUCCCGCUGCUCCCCGCUGCAGAUCGAGCACUGCCACGCCGAGUGUGCCCGGGUCUGCUGUCCCCGCUUCUGCGACCCCGAGGGAAGCUCCUUCGCUGUGACCGGCUACGACCUGAACGAGAUCUUCCGCUACAGCCGGGCGUAG